AGCAUCCACUAGUCAUCCUAUUUUAUUUUCACACACAAAACGGCGCGGCGAGUUCAGUUGAUGUAGCUCGCUCGAACUUUGACUUACAUCUACGCUUUGAAGGAAUAAAUUAAAGCAAAACCUCAUCCGGAGAAUCAGAAGUUUCUGUUCGAAAUGAGUGACGAUACAGACUCCCCUCCUGAGAGGGAGAUGAAGGAUUUUAAGUUUCGUCAGAUGAAGAAAGUACAGGUUUUUGAGCCUGCUGAGGAACUGCCUAAAGACAGAUCUAGUCUUCUGACCGUCUCAAACAAAUAUGGUUUAACAUUCGUGGGCCUUGACAGAACAUUCAAAGUGUACAUGACUCAAGAUAUACUUAAUGCUGAUAAAGCUGAGGGGAACUCCAAUGUUGUUGUCAAAGGGAUGCCAGUGCUGUCUGCAGUCACAGUGGGUCUGAACCUACAUCACCUUGCUCUCAGUUGUGACGAGCUCACAUUGUCGGUGUGUGGUGAGUCUGAGGAGACGGGCUUGUUCAUCUCUUUCUACGAUGUCCGCACCUUCAUGAACAAGGCAAGACCACAGAAGUUACCGUUUGCAUCCCUGCAGCCAGCUGUGGAUCCCGGGACUUUAGUGCAGGACUUAAAAUGGAAUCCUGCUCAGACAUCCAUGCUAGCCGCCUGCUUGUCUGACGGCAGCAUGAUGAUUCUUGAUGUUACAGACGUUGUCAAAGUGCAGGCCCAGCUACCCCCAACAAGUGGCAUCACCUGCAUUUCCUGGAGUCCCAAAGGAAAACAGGUUGCAGCAGGAAAAAUGAAUGCAACAGUCAGUCAGUACACUCCAGCUCUGGAAGAAAAGAAAGUUAUCCCACCUCCACAUUUCUACACCUCAGACGAACCAGUCAAAGCUCUUGAUGUGAUCUGGCUGAGAACGUUUGUGUUUGCUGUGGUUUAUGCCGCUGCAGACGGGUGUCUGGAGACUCCUCCUGAUUUAGUGUUGAUUUCCAUACCUAAAAAGGAUGAGAAAGUGGAGACGAAGUAUCUGAACUUUGGUGACAGUGUGUACGGCAGCUGCACAGAGCGACAGCAUCACUACUUUCUCAGUCACAUAGAGGACUGGGACCUUUUGUUUGCUGCAUCAGCAGCUUCUAUUGAGGUCAGCGUGAUGGCCAGGCAGGAUGAAAAGAUGUGGGAGCUUUGGAUUCUAGAAGAUGCCAGCAGAGCAGAACUCCCGGUGACAGAGACAAAUGAAGACACGUUGCCCCUUGGUUUGGCUAUGGACUUCACCAGCCAGCAGGAGAUUCAGAUCACUGACGAGAAGACGUUGCCUCCAGCACCCACCAUGCUGAUGCUCUCCACCGAGGGAUUGCUUUGCCCAUUUUCUCUUCUUAACGAGAAUCCUGGGGUUAAACAGCUGGUGGCACCCCCGGUUCCUCUCGCCUUGGAGGGGGAGAGGCAGCCAAAGCCAGGUUCUUUGACGUCCCAGCCAGCCAAACCUGCUGCUGUGGUCCUGUCGGUUCCAGCGCUGUUCCCAAACAUCGGUCUUACUUCAGCAGCUGCUUCCAGCGCUCCAGCCCCUGCUGCUGCUGCUCCUUCUUCCACGCCCCUAUUCAGCGUUGUCCCCACUGCGCCAGUGUCCUCGUCCUCAUCGGCGUUUGCUUUCUCAGUUCCAACAACUUUCUCCACCUCCUCAAUCACAUCGACUUUUCCCCUGGGGGGAUCUGCCCCUCUUGGUUUGGGUUCCUCUAGCUUUUCUGUGGCUUCCAACACUCCCCCUGCACCUUCAACGUUUUCUUUCAGCACCCCUCCCAUCAAACUCCCAGCAGCUUCAGCUUCAACACCUCAAAACCUGUCUGCUGCGUCACCUCCAGCUAUCAAAUUAAAUCUAAACGAGAGGUUUUCAGCGGUGGAGACUCCAGCUCCAACUUUUCUUUUUAAUUCCACGAUUCCUAAAUCUGUCGGCUCCAGUUCCAGUAUUGUGGCUGUCCCUCCGCUCUCAGCCACCAAGCCGCCAACAAUGGCUCCAGUGCGCCAAGUUCAAACCAGUACACCCCCCACUGUUGUGCAGAAACCUGCUCCUACUCUGCAGGGCCGUGUCCAGACUCCACAGGCACCUCUUGGUAUGAAGUCUCUGGAGAAGCAGCUGCAGCAGAAGAAAGACUCAGAUCCCAUCAUGACGGGUAUUUUGGAGGAGAUCGCUCACUUCCAGAAGGAGUUGGAUGACCUCAAGGCUCGAAGUGCAAAAGCUGACUUUAAGGUUGGGUCAAACGAUGAGAUGAAGGAGCUAAGAAAAGAGUCAGAGGACCUUCAUAUCUUCACUCUGGAGAUCAAGGAGACCACAGAGUCUCUUCAUGGGGACAUUGGCACGCUGAAGACCACUUUACUGGAGGGCUUUGCCGGAGCCGAAGACGCCAAGACCCAGAGUGAACUGAGCAAAGACAGAAAUUACAGACAGCUGCUGUACAAAAAACCUCUGGAUCCACGUAGCGAGGAGCAGCUUAAGGAGAUCCGCAUGCGCUACCAAUAUGUGACUUUUGCUGUGGAGGACGUUAACGACGUCCUGGACGUGGAAUGGGAGAAGCAUCUGGAGAAGAAAAAACAGAAACACAUGGUUGUGCCUGGCCGUGAGGGGCUGUUCACCACUCUGUCCAACAACCUGUACAUCAUCAACCAGCAGAAGAACAGACUGGAUCAGCUGGUUCAGGAACUCACGUCGCUGCGCCUCUACAGCAAAGCAGCUCCUUCUAGAAACCAAAACGCCGCUGUUACUUCUUCAGCUGGUUUGCAAACAGAGCUUGAGAAUUUAAAGGAUGCAUUGCUCAAAGCCAGGCUGGACGACACUCCUCCUAAGACGAAAGCCAGAUCUCCUGGAGUCAAGAUAUCACCAGCUAAACAGUCGCAACUGCGUAACUUCCUCUCGAAGGGACAGAUGCCUCCUGUGCGCUCAACUGCACCAGCAAACCUGUCGCGUUCAGCCUUCCUUUCACCUAAAUACUACGAAGACCUGGAUGACGCCAGCUCCACGUCCUCCCUGGCCCAGUCCCUGGAGGAGGAGCUACAACCACUGCAGCCCCCACUCAUGACUGCCAUGGCUCCAGCGUUAUCCAUCCCUCGCCACCAGACAGUCGUGAGGACCCCCUCUAUCCAGCCCGGCUUUGGAGCCAUCCAGUCCACACCUCUACCAAAGAUUCAGUCAUUACCAAGCAUAGGAUUUGGAGUCAGCCCUAUAGUCAGCCCUAUUCCCUCCAAUAAGAUCAACUUGAGCGGGGCUGAGAGCACGGCUCUUGCCACAAAAACGGUAAAACACGGGGCUCCACCAGCAGAGAGGACCGUACCCAUCACCAUGUCUGCACCGCAGGCUGCUGCCACUGCCGCGAUGCGUAGACAAAUGGCCAAUCAGAAAGCAGCUGCUGUUAGUACUUCUUUGACUGAAUCCACCUUGAAGAUGGUUCCCCAGGUGGUCAAUGUCCAGGAGCUCAAGGACAAAGGACCAGCUGCCCCUGCUUCCUCCAUCAACAGCUCUUUGGUACCAGAACCAUCGUUUACAACUGUUUCUGCCACCCAAGUCAAACGUACCACAACCCCAAGUCUCCAAAAGAUGUCUGCUGAAAGUCUGUCCAUCUCGCAGACAGGCUUUGUGUUUGGUCAACCAUCCAAAACAGAUGUUUCUGCCGUUCCUGCUAGCUCCUCAGUAGAGCAGAACAACAGCAAGUCUUUCUCCUUCACGUCAGGGUCAGCAGGCUUCAGUUUAACCUCAGCCUCACAAGGACUCGGAUCCUCACAAGUUAAAGAUGUGAACAAGUUCACUUUCAGAAAUGGCAAAGCUGUAUUUGGUCAGUCUGGAGACCCGCCGUUCUCCCUCAUCCAGAAGCCCACCUCAUCUGGUCUUGGCACUGGGUCUCCCACUCUGGCUUCAGAUGCAUCUGUUGAACCAGGGAAACUCCCAUCCACCACAUCUCCCCCUGCUCCCAGGGUGGAGCCACAGCCAGCAAAGCUGACUGGAGGAGAGACACUGGGCAUUUUUUCUGGUCUACGUGUGGGUCAAGGAGAAGAAGCCAAAGAUGCUGCACCAAAUCCAGUUGCAGAGUUUACACUUGGGGAGGCUGGUAUUGGCCUGGGUGUGGGAGCGCAACAAUUUAGCUUUAGUGCUGCUGACUUGUCCAAGGGGGCGGCGCCUAACAGCUUGUUCAAGCCUCCUGAAUCGACCUCCAAGCCGGCGUUUUCUGUUCCCCCAUCCGACUCAGUGCCUUCCACUUUGCCUACAUCUUUCAGUAGCCUUGUUACACCUUCUUCAGAGGAACCAAAAGCCCCCCCACAGCCUUCAGAGCCAACACCACCUCCUGAAGAAGAGCCUACUACAAGUGACUCUACUGAAGACAGCGCUAGUCAGUCUGUAGCACCAGAACCUGCACCGAAUGCAGUAACCAUGGCAACACCUGCAGCAUCAACCCCUGCAGUGCCUGUUAUCACUACUGUUUCUACUCUAGUGCCCCUUUCUACCUUCACUGCACCAGCUGAAGCAGUCCCCCCGCCACCAGUCAGUGCCCCAUCCACAACAGAAGCCCCCCCAGACUCCUCCACCACCACACCUGUGUCCACUUCACCUGCUGCAUCUGUUGCCCCUGAUUCCCAGUCCCGCCCAGCAGCAUUCCAAGUGCCCCCAUCGGAAAAACCCGGUUCCAUCUUCACUCAAUCAACUCCUGCAACUACAGACAGCAGUUCUGUUGGGGUCCCACCUGUUAUCAACACAGCUGCCCCCGCAGCCACCACCAUCACCCCUUCAGUGUCUAGCGGUACUCCAACCACCACUGCUGCUGUGUUUGGGCAGCCUGUAGCACCUCCGGCAUCAUCAGCUCCAGCUCCCACAGCUUUUAGCUCUUCUGGGUUUGGUGCAACAACUGGAACCGGCUUUGGUAAAUCCGUGUUUGGUCAGAAUAACCUGUUCGCCCAACCUUCCAGCAAUUCUGGAUCAGCCAGCAGCUUUUCUUUUACCCAAUCUGGAUUCGGAGCCACCUCUAGUAGUGGGACCACCGGAGGAGGAGGUCUCUUUGGGUCUGCCACUGCCAGCAACGCAAGUUCCUUCUCCUUUGGUGCGAGUGGCGCCAACACAGCGCCAACACAGUUUGGACAGAGCACAACCCUGGCGUUUGGCCAGAGCUCUGGAUUUGGGCAAGGACCCGUAUUCGGGAGUAACACCACCACACCUUCAUCUUCAGGAUUCAGCUUCAGUCAGCCUUCAGGCUUUGGCUGUCCUGCUGCUCCUGUGUUUGGACAACAGUCCUCCAGCAGCAACGUGUUUGGACAGCAGCAGUCAUCCACUGGCGGGGGCCUGUUUGGGUCAGGUUCAGCCGGUACAGCAGGAGGUGCAGCAGGAGGUGGAGGGUUCUUCUCUGGACUGGGAGGUAAACCCAGUGAGGAUGCCGCCAACAAGAAUCCAUUUGGCAGCAGCCCCUCCGCUGGUGCAUUUGGGCAGGCCACCCAGACUGGUAGCAACAGUCUGUUUGGAAACAGCGGAGCGAAGGCCUUUGGUUUCGGACAGUCUGCUUUUGGGGACCAAAAAUCCACUGGGACCUUCAGCACCAGUGGAGGAAGUGUUGCGUCUCAGGGCUUUGGCUCCUUCUCUUCACCAACAAAAUCAGCAGGUGGAUUUGGCAACGCUCCGGUGUUUGGGAGCCCUCCUUCUUUCGGUGGUACCCCAGCUUUUGGGGGCGGAGCCGCCUUUGGCUCCAGCCCGUCUUUCAGCAACCCCAUGGGUCCCUCCGCUAGCAAAGUGUUUGGUGAGGGAACUGCAGCGUCCAACAUGGGAGGAUUUGGGUUCGCUUCAGCCCCCAGUGGCCCUUCCUUUGGAUCCAUAGCCAAUCAGAGCGGCCCGUCCUUUGGGAGCUUGGCCCAGCAGGGUCCUGGAUUUGGAAGUCAGCCCAGCAGCUUCUCAGGCUUUGGACAGCAGCCACAGCCCGGAGUUUUCACUGCAAACACCUUUGGAUCACCUGCAAACCAAUCGAGCACUCAAACAUUUUCCAGCUGGAGAAGCUAGUUUCCUUUAGCCUUCAUGAGACAGAUGCUUCUGGUGGUCCCACACCACAAAUAAAGUCCUACCGCUUCAGCAGUUUAUUCCACUGUCUUCAUAGAUGACAAUAAUAUAAACAGUUUUUUCCUUUUUUAUAAAAGGAGUCUUCUUUUUACAUUGCAGUAACAUAAAUGUAUCAGGAAACAUUUCACUUAUUUAAAUUUGCCGAGUCUUCUUUCUGUGGCCAAUCAAACUUUUGUUUCGAGGUUCGUAUUCUGAAGCAUCCAACUGCUAAGCAACUUUGUACGAAUAUGUUUUAGUUUAGGUUAAAUGUUAAGAUUCAGCGCAGUGCUGUGUACAUCAUUACUGAUUUUUGUCGAUACACAGAUGUAUUCACAUUUAAAAAACAUUGUUUUUAUUCUUCAUGAGAAAAAAUGUAUUUUGCAGGAAAUAUUCCUCCUGAUGUGUAUUUUUACAUGAAAAAGUACAAAUAAAAGCAAUUUAUCUGGU